AUGGGUUGCUGCGGGAGCAAGCAGGUGAGGAGCUCCGCUCCAGACCCGGCUCCGCUGCUGGGCAGCGCCCACGACACGGCAGAAGGCGCAGCCGCUGCCGCCGCAGCCGAAUCCGUCAGCGUCAAGCUGCAGGAUGCAGUGGCGAAGGCUGAGGCCAAGCGCAGCUCCCCUGCCAGCUCUGCCGAAGCCAUCGGGGCAUCUGUGCCGGCAGAGAGCGACUCUUCUGAGGUCAACCAGCCCCGCGCCGCCCCGCGCGAGGAGGAGGCCACUGCUGUGCUCCAGCAAGGCAUCAGCGCCGCUGCUGAGGUGCUGCAGCAGGCCGCAGAGCCCGUGGUGCCGCCUGCACCAGUCCCAGCUGCUGAGCCACAUGCGGCCUUGGUGGAUGUGCAGCCUGUGGCAGCUUCAACGGAGCCUGUGCCGGCUGCCACCCCUGCCAUGGAGCAGCAGCAGCCCGCCAAGCAGCCCGCCAAGAGCCAGAGCCAGAAGCGUGGCGGCAGCAAGAAGAAGGGCAGGGGCGGGCGCAAGUGA